AUGACAGACGGCCAACAAUCCACGCACGGUCCCAAGUACGCCUACACAAACCGCUACUGGCCCGAAUUCUACGAUCUCUGGGUGAAGCAGCUCUUCGGAUCAGCCCUGGAGAAAUAUGACGCCUUCUACUGGAAUCUUGUGCUGCCGUUCCUCCAAAACAACGCCCAGUCUAACGAGCCACUGCGGAUCGUCGACGUAGGCACGGGUGCAGGCCGCGUUAUCCAGGGCAUCCUCAACGGCAUGAAGAAACACGACACCGCGACCGACUCACGGAUCCACAUUGUAGGUGUCGAUCACAGCCAGGAAAUGCUGAAAUCGUGCGGAGCAGCUACUUGCCUUUGA